CUAUAAACUGGAAUUUCGCGCUCGGGCCCGGCGAAAUGGGCGAGCACAAUCUCCUCAAUAGCGGUUUUGUGGGACCUUUGGUAAACAUCCACACCGGAGACGCGUUUUACCUCCACAACUUCCGGUCCUCGACGACUCUGCCUUCCCUCCCUUACGCGAGAAGGGACAAUGUUUGGACUCAACCGGAGCCGUGCAACGGAUACAUGCAGCCCUUUUUUGGCAACCCGGUGUCCCUGAACUCCACGUUUAACCGAGCGUGUGAGAUUGCGCGUCAGGAAGACAGCAAAUGCUUUUACGGUGGAAGCGGAGCUGGAAAUGGAAGUAGCAUCCGCGAGAAUUGCGCCAAGUCUAAACGUGAUGACAGGGCGAGAGACGACUCGUCGGUGUCCGUAGCGCCACAGCACGGACUGCACGAUGCCAGCAUGAUGGGCUACGGAUACGUCGCAGAGCACAUGAACCAAAAUCCUUCAUCGUGUCACUCCAUGCAGUCGGAGUCUGGAACAUCUUUCCAUGAAGGGGCCAAAGUGGCGUGCAACGUUACGCAAUCAUUAACAUCCCACGCAUGCAGCACAACUCAAGGUGGAGGUGCUCCCUGGUACCCGGCGCACGCACGGAACCGGAAGAAGCGCAAACCCUAUUCCAAACUGCAGCUGGCCGAGCUGGAAAGCGAGUUCAUGAUGAAUGAGUUUAUUACACGACAGAGAAGGAAAGAGCUCUCAGACCGUCUUAAUUUAACCGACCAGCAAGUCAAGAUCUGGUUCCAGAACCGGCGCAUGAAGAAGAAAAGACUAAUGCUGAGAGAGCAGGCGCUGUCGUUUUUCUAGAGCAAAAACAUCUCAAAUAAAUCAACAAAGAAAUAGAAAAUAGAUCGAUAACAAACUGGAAAUAAAGGAAACAGCAAACAUUUCCAGUGCAGAACUCUUACAAUGUAAAAUAAACACAUUCAUUUCUGUCCAUCUGAGGUGAGAGAAAUGCUGAAUGUGUAAACUCACCUCUGCUCGAGUUCACUGAUGAUUUUUAAUCUUACUUCAGGCCAGUUACACAGAUAUAAAACAUCUCAGUGUUGAUUUAAAUCCGAAACACUGGAGGUAUUGCUGAAAAUGAUCAUGUGACCUGUUUACACUCGUUAUAGCAAAUACAGAACUUGAGACUGUGCCUAUAAGACCAAAUAAAAUGGAACUGAAUUGCU